AUGAAAAUAUUUGUCACUGUCGGAACAACACAAUUCGAGGAUUUAAUUCAAUUAAUUUGUAAGCCAUCUGUGUUGCAGGUAUUUUACAAUCAAGGCUACACUCACAUUACAAUUCAGAUCGGUACUGGCUCUUUCGAACCACCAUCACAAUGUCCAAUCAAGGGAAUGACUUGGGAGUGUUAUAGGAAAAAACCAUCAAUUAAGGAGGAUAUUAUUUCUGCUGAUUUAAUGAUUACACAUGCAGGUGCAGGAAGUAUUUUCGAAACACUUAAACUUGGAAAAAAGUUAAUUGCUGUUCCGAAUGAGAGUUUAAUGGGUAAUCAUCAAUUAGAAUUGGCCAAGGCUUUGGAAGGAACUGGUAAUUUAAUUUCUGCUCGUAUUUGUAAUUUUGAACAAGUAAUUUCAGAUCCAUCUAUCUUUCAGAAAAUUUUAACUUUAAAACCAAUGAAUUUAUCAAAUACUCAAGCCUUUCCAAAUAUUGUGGAGGAAACUUUAUUAAUCUAA